AUGGCUCGUUGGCGCCAUCCAGCGCUUUCAAUAACCGGGGUGCGGACCUCAUCCGGAGAUCACGUAUUUACUAACAUCGCCAAGAGGGCUGUGGGACAGUUCAGUGUGCGGUUUGUGCCGGAUCAAACGUCGACUGAGCUUGUGCAGGUGCUAACACAGCAUAUGUCACACGAAUUCCGGAAGCGACGAUCGCCCAAUCGCCUCAAAUUUAAUGUGCUGCAUGCAGCCGAUUGGUGGCUGGGCGACCCGUUCAAUGCUAUAUACAAAUCCGCGGAAAAGGCGAUAGAAACGGUCUGGAAGACAAAGCCUUUCUACGUACGAGAAGGGGGUACCAUGUCGGUGACGGCUGUAUUGGAGAAGUAUCUCAAUGCCCCGGCACUUCACUUACCCUUGGGUCAGUCAAGCGAUGGCGCCCAUCUUCCCAAUGAAAGGAUAUCGGUCAACAAUGUAGAGAAGGGUAGGGAUGUUAUCAAGUGCUUCUUGAGCGAACUGGGAACAUCGUUGAACCGCUCUUGA